AUGCAGGCGCGGUCAAACACGGACAUGAACCACACCCUCUCCAAGCAACGAAUUGCCGACUACACGAAAUCUACCAGCCACAGUAACAUGCAUCACAUCCACAACAAUGGCACCAGCGCGGAAACAAGCAAGGCCUAUCAUCGAAAUAAAAUGGCCCAGGCUCUGGCUCAUUUCGACAAGCAAUUCCGUUCUCAGCCACCAAGUUAG